AUGAAACUCAACCUACUCGCCCAAGUGGCCCUUCUUACCAUCGCCGCUGCCUGCGAAUGCGGCAGUACACAUGAACGCCACGAAUGGCGGCGCCCAGGGCCUGGCGAUCUCCGCUCCCCCUGCCCCGGUUUAAAUGUCAUGGCCAACCAUGGCUACCUCCCACGCGACGGGCGCGACAUCUCGCUCGAAAACCUGCACGCGGCAAUCCUCGGCGCAUACAACUACCACCCCGCAACAUUGGACUCGGCCUUCCAAAUGGCCCUCGACUUCAACCUGUCCUCAACCGGCAACGCCUCGACCUUCCACCUCUCCGACCUCAACAAGCACGGCGCAAUCGAGCACGACGGGUCGCUCUCGCGGAGCGACUUCUUUAACCUAGAGGUGUGGAAUGGGACGGCGACGAGUCUGGGAUUGUACGAUGCCGGUGUCGACUGUGAGGACGACCUGUAUGUGACCGUUGAGGUUGCGGCGCGCGCAAGGGCGAUACGGUUCAAGGAAGCCGAGGGGCUGAAUCCGGAGUUUAACGUGAGUGAGCUGGCGCUUAUGGGGAGUGUCGGCGAGACGGCGCUUUAUAUGACGACGUUGUGGGAUUAUGCGGCGGGGGCGGUGCCCAAGGCUUGGAUUCGGGCGUUUUUUGAGGAGGAGAGGAUACCGUAUCUCGAGGGGUUCAAGGCGCCCAAGACGCAGCGGAAUCUGACGACUAUUGGGGCUAUGAAUGCGGCAAUUGUAGCUGUCAAGGUUUAG